CCCUGCGUACGUCCGUGCGCGCGCGUGCGCGAGUGCUGAGUCCGUUGCGCGAGCCCCGCCAAAGGAACGUAUUUCGGAUCCUGCAUCAACCAUGUUGUCAGACUGCUUGCAGAAUUUCGUAAAGCUUGUAAGCCCUCCUAUUGUGUCUUCAAGAUUGUGCCAGCAUGUGAGAAGUGAGAGGAGGCCUUUGGGAACCUCUGCGGCCCCCAGGCCACGCAGGCGUGUUGUCAUCACAGGCAUUGGUUUGGUGACCCCGCUGGGUGUCGGCACCCGGCUGGUGUGGGACCGCCUGGUCCGAGGGGAGCGUGGAAUUGUUCCGCUGGUGGCUGAAGAGUAUAACGGUAUCCCUUGCAGUGUGGCUGCUUUUGUGCCAAGAGGCCGUGGUGAAGGCGAGUUCCACGAGGAAAACUUUGUGUCUAAAGUGAACUUGAAGUCCAUGUCUUCUCCCACGGUCAUGGCCAUGGGGGCUGCAGAGUUAGCCUUGGAAGAUUCGGGCUGGCGGCCACAGACAGAAGCUGAGCAAGCAGCUACCGGUGUGGCCAUUGGCAUGGGGAUGGUUCCUCUGGAAGUUGUUUCCGAAACAGCUCUGAUGUUUCAGACAAAGGGUUAUAAUAAAGUCAGCCCCUUUUUUGUCCCGAAGAUUUUGAUCAAUAUGGCCGCGGGCCAGGUCAGUAUCCGCUACAAGCUCAAGGGCCCCAAUCACGCAGUGUCCACAGCCUGUACCACGGGCGCUCAUGCCGUGGGCGACUCUUUCAGGUUCAUCGCCCACGGUGAUGCCGAUGUCAUGGUGGCUGGAGGAACCGACUCCUGUAUUAGUCCCUUAUCGCUGGCUGGCUUUUCCAGAGCUCGGGCUCUGAGCACCAACCCGGAUCCUAGGUUGGCAUGUCGACCGUUUCAUCCCAAGAGGGAUGGCUUUGUUAUGGGAGAAGGGGCCGCGGUGCUGGUGCUGGAAGAACAGGAACAUGCCUUGCGAAGAGGGGCCCGCAUCUAUGCUGAAGUUUUGGGCUACGGGCUUUCAGGCGAUGCGGGGCACAUCACCGCCCCUGAUCCCGAAGGAGAAGGUGCCUUAAGAUGUAUGGGUGCUGCUGUAAAAGAUGCGGGCGUGCGGCCUGAGGAGAUAACCUACAUCAACGCGCACGCCACUUCAACCCCCUUGGGAGAUGCUGCUGAAAACAGAGCCAUCAAACGUCUCUUCAGAGAGCACGCGUGCAAGCUGGCCGUGUCCUCCACGAAGGGAGCCACAGGCCAUCUGCUGGGGGCUGCAGGGGCGGCCGAGGCGGCCUUCACCGCACUCGCUUGUUACUAUCGAAAACUGCCACCUACCUUAAACCUGGACUGCACAGAAGCAGAAUUCGAUCUGAAUUACGUCCCACUGGAGGCACAGGAAUGGAAAGCUGAGCACAGAUGUGUUGCACUUACCAAUUCUUUUGGGUUUGGUGGCACUAAUGCAACCCUUUGUAUUGCUGGCAUGUAGGACAAAC